AUGCAGCAACCGAGGGAAGCAAAGGAGAACAAGAACAAGGAGAGAAACGUUAAAGGAAGAGAUCUAAUCGAUGUUCUCUUCUCAUGGUCACUUCUUGAUGUCAUAAACUCAAAUCUCUACAAAGGAAAGGUUGAUAAGAUCCCAACCAAAUUCCCUUCAUACACAGAGUACUUGAACUCUUUUUUGAAUCCGAUAAUUGAAGAGACGCAUUUUGCGUUGUUAUCAAGCAUGGAGACUCUCAGACAAGCACCAGCUUUCAAGCUCUGGGAGAUCAAGCCAGCGAAAGAUUUCAAGCCUCCGAAGAAUCUCUUUUAUGAGGUUUCUUUGCUGAUGAUGACCAAUGGAGAUCGAAGAAUGUUAGAGGUGAAUGAUCUCAUUGCCGUGACUGAUAAGAAGCCAAAUGGUGUAGAGGACUUGUGCUGCUCCAACGAGUCUUGCGUGAUGGCUCUGGUGUGUGGAGUUCAGGAGGAUCGUCCACAUCUGAUAACGAUCUUGGCCUCCAAACCCAUCGCUCUCGAGAAAGAUAGCAUUGGAUCGACGAACAGAGGAAAGGGUGUGAAGAAAAGCUUGAACCUUUAUGGUGUUUCUCUGAUCAACAUGAUGACAAACAUUCGCAUUUGGACCGCGUUGCAUCCAAAUCCAGAAGAAGGAGAAGGAAACCUGAAUCUCAUAUCUACAGUCAUUGAAAGCCACAAUGAGGUUGGUGACAAAAGGUGUGUUUCUUGCCAAGAAAACGGUGAGAAGCUAGUGCCACAACAGUUAGAGCGGUUUAAACUGAAUGCUUCUCAGGAGAAUGCGAUUUGGAGUUGUUUAGAAGCUAAAGAUUGCGACCAUCGCAACACUAUCAAACUGAUAUGGGGACCUCCGGGCACAGGGAAGACGAUGACGACAAGUGUUCUGCUUUUGAAUCUUCUGAAACUGAAAUGCAGGACAUUGACUUGUGCACCCACUAACAUAGCUGUUUUGGAAGUUGCUUCAAGGGUUGUUAAGUUAGUCUCUGAGUCGUUGAGGUUUGGUGGGUAUGGUCUUGGAGAUGUUUUGCUGUUUGGUAAUGAAGAAAGGUUGAAGAUCGAUGAACGAGAGGGUCUCUCCGAUGUUUUUCUUGAUCACCGGGUUGAUGAGCUGGAUGAUUGCUUCCAGGCUGAGACCGGAUGGAGAGCAAAUGCUUAUCAUAUGAUUUGUUUGCUCAGUGAUCCUAAACAAGUGUAUUUCAAGUCUUUAGGCAAUCACACGAAGCGGUUUGAUGAGUAUGUAGAGGAGAGGUUAAGCAAACUGAUAAUGGAUCUAAAUUCUCAGUUCACAACUCUGUGUCUGCAUUUACCAACAUCUGUGCUCUCCUCUGAAGUUGCAGAACAAAUGAGUCAGACUAAAGAUCUUCUUAAGCGUAUGAAAGUUUCAGAUGUGGUGGGAGAUUCAGUGGAAGGAAACGAUACAAGAAAGCAAGAUUGUCUGAAGAUGUUGAUGUCCAUUUACCAAAGUAUCCAACUUCCUGAUUUCAUAGGAAAUGUUCUACUCAGAAAGCUCUGCUUAGACAAUGCUCGUUUGUUGUUCUGCACAGCAUCAAGCUCUGCGAGGUUACAGAUGUGUACUCCAGUACAGUUUCUAGUGAUUGACGAAGCUGCUCAGUUAAAAGAAUGCGAGUCUACGAUUCCUCUGCAACUUCCGGGACUUCAACAUGCGAUUCUAAUCGGUGAUGAGAAGCAGUUGCCUGCAAUGAUUCAAAGCAAGAUUGCUUCAGAGGCUGGUCUUGGGAGGAGUUUGUUUGAGAGGCUGGUGUUGUUGGGACAUAAGAAAAUGUUGCUGAACAUGCAGUACCGGAUGCAUCCUUCGAUUAGUAUAUUCCCUAACAGAAAGUUUUAUGGUAAGAAGAUCUUGGAUGCUCCUUCUGUGAGAAUGAGAAGUCAUGAGAGAACGUUUCUUCCUGAGAGAAUGUAUGGACCUUACUCUUUCAUCAACGUAGCGCAUGGAAGAGAAGAGUUUGGACAAGGUUCCAGCUUGAAAAACGUUGUGGAAGUCUCUGUUGUGGCUGAGAUACUCUCCAAGCUUUACACAGCAUCAAGAAAGGCGCAGAAACCGAUCAGCGUGGGUGUGAUUUCACCGUACAAGGCUCAAGUGUGUGCGAUCCAAGAAAAGAUAGGUGAAAAGUAUAGUACCGGAGAGCUGUUCUCAGUGAGUGUUAGGUCCGUAGAUGGGUUUCAAGGCGGUGAAGAAGACAUCAUUAUAAUCUCAACUGUUAGGUCCAACCGUAAUGGAAUAAUUGGUUUUCUGUCUAACCAACAGAGAACCAAUGUAGCACUCACUCGCGCCAGAUACUGCUUAUGGAUUCUUGGAAAUGAGGCAACUUUAACGAAGAAGAAAUCGGUUUGGAGGCAGUUAGUAAAUGAUGCGAAAUCAAGAAAAUGUUUCUAUUACGCAGAAGAAGAUGAAUCUUUAGCUCAGUGUGUUGAAUUAUCAACAACAGCAGUUGACGAUCUUCAUGAGCUCCAAAAGAAGAAGUCUAUUUCCUUUAAAAAUUCGAUAUGGAAGGUUUGUCUUACCGAUGAGUUCUUGAAAUCUGUGGAGACGAUCGUAGACUCUGAAAUCUACAAAAGGGUUAAGAGCUUUUUGGAGAAGUUGUCAAAUGGGGAGCUUCACCAAGAGUCGGAGACUGAGAGUGAUAAUCUCUUUAGACAACAAGAGAUCGGUGAUGGCCUAAGUCUCAUUUGGGCAAUAGAUACAAUCAAGAAAGAUCAUCAUUAUGUCCAAGUUUUGAAGAUCUGGCACGUUUUGCCAUCUUCAGAUGUUUCUCGUGCCGAAGAAUGUCUAGAGAAGUAUUACAAGAGAUGCACACAAGUGAAGAUAGAACAGUGCAGAUACAUUUUCUCUCAAGGAAAUUUAGUUGUACCGAUGAAAUGGCCGGUCAAGUCUUGCUCGAAGAAAGACAAUAUAAGCGAUGUUUCAAGAUUGUUUGCGUCGAUGAGUGUUGAAGCUCCCAACACAUCAAGAAAUAGUCGAGGGUGA